GGUGUCUCAGGCCCUGGCAAAACAGGAUCGCGGAUUCAUGGCGUCAGAGCAAGACUAUUAUGGUGCUCUGCUUCUGAAGAAAAUUACAUCGCUCCUGACACAAACAACGUUUAAAUCGCUGCAAAAGCUGGCCGCGUCACAGCUGAGACUAAACGCGCCGACGGUACACGACCUGACCACGGCGCUAUUGUUGGCACAGGAGACGGCGUUGCA